CACUCGCUUCUCACACGUGUUGUUUAUGUUUCUAAGAGCGCCGCAUGGUUUGAAGAUUUUUAUGUGGUGUGAUUGAACCGAAUUUUCCUAUUUUUGAUCGAUCUCGCACCAAAUAUGUCUCGACUAAUUGUCAAAAACUUGGCGAACAGCGUUACGGAAGAAAAGCUGCGGGAGUGUUUCGGAGUUAAGGGCAUCAUCACUGAUGUCCAACUCAAAUUCACAAAGGAUGGCAAAUUCCGGCACUUUGGAUUUGUUGGGUUUAAAAGUGCCGAGGAGGCGUUGUCUGCAAAGGAAUACUUGGAUGGAACUUUUAUCCGAGGCACCAAAAUCCAGGUUGCCGUUUGUGCAGAUUUAGGUGACGACAAAAAGCCAAAAGCUUGGAGUAAGUAUGCCGCUGAUAGCACAGCUUACAAAAAGGAGCACAAGGAUGAACUGAAAAAGGAGGAGGAGGAAAGAUCGAAAGCUAAACAAGAGGAAAAGAAGAAGAAAAAGAAAAGCAAAAAUUCUGAACUAAUUGAAAAACACAAAGAUGAUCCUCUUUUUGCCGAGUUUCUUGAAACCCAUGGUAAAAGUUUAGAUGAGUUGGUCGAAAAAGAGCCAGAAGGAAAGGAAGAAAAUAAAUCUGCGAGUAAAGAUUUAGAUGAAGAGGAUGACCAGCCCAAUGACAAAGAGGCGAAUAAACAAAUUUCUGAUUUGGAGUACCUGAAAUCGAUCACAGAAAACACGGAAGGAAAGGAAAAGCGCAAGAAGAAGGAGAAGGUGCCCAAACCAGCGCUAAGGAAUACUCUCUUCACAAUAAAAAUUAGAGGAUUGGGCAUGAAACAUAAAAAGAAAGACAUCAAGCAAUUCUUCGGAACUGUGAAACCAAAAAGCGUGCGGUUGUGCAGCAAAGUAAAGGGAAUUGCUUAUGUUGGCUUCAACACUGAGAAAGAGAUGAAGCAGGCGCUGAAAAAACACAAGAGUUUCCUUGAGGGCAAACAGCUUCAGGUGAGCGCCUACGGCACUCCCAAGGAACAAUCAGGGGAGGAGGCAAAGGAUAAGUGGAAGCAACAAGAGGAGAGUGUCAAAAAUGAGGAGAGCAUCGCCGAGUCAGGCUGCAUCUUUGUGCGCAACCUGUCUUACACCACCAGCCAGGAGGAUCUCGAGCCUCUCUUUUCCCAAUAUGGUCCUGUUACUGAGGUCAGCGUGCCAAUUGAUAGACUGAGUCGUAAAAUGAAGGGCUUUGCGUGCAUCACAUUCAUGGUUCCUGAAAACGCGGUGAAAGCGUACACGGCGCUCGAUGGAACCGUAUUUCAAGGCCGAAUGCUUCACCUCUUACCUGGCAAGACCAAAAAGUCUUUCACAGAAAUGGCAGAAGAAGAUGGUUUAAGUUUCAAACAGAGACAGGCGCUAAAGAAGAAAGCACAGUCUGGCUCGUCGCACAACUGGAAUUCGCUGUUCCUUGGCCAGAAUGCGGUUGUCGACGCUAUGGCAAAGAGUUACAACACAAGCAAGGAGCGAGUACUGGACUCUGAGUCUGGCGACAGUGUUGCAGUUCGACUCGCGCUUGGAGAGACACAAAUUGUGCUUGACACCAAGAACUUCUUGGAACGCAACGGAGUCUCUCUGGACGCCUUCAACCAGGCGCCUAAGUCACGUUCAAAGAACACGAUUUUGGCCAAGAAUCUGCCUGCGGAAACAACUGCUGAGGAGCUGAGGGAAAUGUUUGGCAAGCAUGGUGAGCUAGGCCGUUUAGUGCUCCCUCCGAGCGGCGUCACUGCAAUCAUCGAGUUCUGCGACCCGUCUGAGGCCAAGACCGCCUUCACCAAGUUGGCAUAUACAAAAUUCAAGCACCUGCCACUCUACCUUGAAUGGGCGCCAGAGGAGACAUUUUCCGUCCAGACCAAGCCCAAGAGCAAAAAGCAACCUGCAAAGAAGCAAGAAAAUGGUUCAAACGUGGAAACUGACGAGGGGCAGCAGAAAGAGGAACAGGCCGCUGAGGAGGAAGAGGAGAAGGAGGAAGAGGAAGUGCAAGCAGAGAACGACACCACUUUGUUUGUCAAAAAUCUCAAUUUCAGCACGUCAGAAGACGCUUUGCGGCAGCACUUCGCGAAAUGCGGAAAACUGGCGAGGGUAAGCGUGGCUAGGAAGAAUGACACGAAAAAUGUGGGCAAGACGCUGAGUAUGGGCUACGGCUUUGUCCAGUUUUUGCGUAAGUCUUGCGCAGACAAGGCCUUGAAGACGUUGCAGCACUCGAUGCUUGAUGAACACGCCAUUGAGCUGAAGAGAUCCAACAGAAGUCUACAGGGUGAUGUGGCGACAACCAGAAAGCAGGCCGCUGUUGGAAAGCAGACGGGCAACAAAAUCAUUGUGAGGAACAUUCCAUUCCAGGCAACCAACAAAGAAGUUCGAGACCUCUUCAAGGUCUUUGGCGAACUAAAGGCUGUGAGGCUUCCUCGCAAGAUGGUGGGAACAGGACCGCACAGAGGCUUUGCAUUCGUCGAGUUCUGUGGCAAAGGCGACGCUAAGAGAGCGUUUGACGCCCUGUGCCAGAGCACCCAUCUUUACGGCAGGCGGCUUGUGCUCGAGUGGGCCGCGCCGGAGGAGUCCAUUGACGAACUGCGCAAGAGAACGGCCCAACACUUUCACCAAGAUGGUCCUGGCAGUUCAGCUAAGCAGUCGAGAAAGAGUGUUUUGAAAAUGGACUUGUCUAAUAAAGAAGACGACGAUGAUGAUUAAGGAGGAUGUGAGAGCGGGAGGGGGAUGAGCAGCAGCAGCAGCACGCCGUACGUGCAGAAGCUGGCCCUGCGGAAGGCCAAGCCGGCCGACUCGGUGGUGCAGCGGGUGCUGAGCGCCAAGGAGCAGCGCGCGCGGCAGCUGGAG